AUGUCGGAAUACAAACCACCCGACCUCCCCUCGCCCUUCACACACACAGCCCCACCACCCACGCUCCUCACGCAAGGCGCCGAAGGCCACCUCUACAAAACGACCUACCUAACGCCGAACACAUACGCCGCGCUGAAAGUGCGCCCCUCGAAACCCUACCGCCACCCGAUCCUCGACCGCCGACUUACCCGCCAACGCAUUCUCCAGGAGGCGCGAUGCCUCGCGAAGCUAGUGCGCGAAGGGGCCAGCGUGCCGGCCGUGCUAGCGCUAGACUGGGAAGGUGAAGGGUCGGGGGCGAACGGGACCGGCGGGGCGUGGUUGAUGAUGGAGUGGGUGGAGGGGUUAGUGAUGCGGGUGGUGUUUGAGAAAUGGGAGGCGUGGAUGAAGAACGAAGGGGUUCUGGAGGCCGCGCGGAUCGAGGAAGAGAAGCGACGGGUGGGCGAUCUGAUGAGACGGAUUGGGCGCGCCGUCGGGGGAUUGCAUAAAGCGGCAGUGAAUCAUGGGGAUCUAACGACGAGUAAUUUGAUGCUGAGGCCGAUGACGAAGGGAUCGGGGUCCGAGUCGCAGAUCGAUGAUGAUGGGUAUCCGUCUAUGGAUGGGGAGGUGGUGAUUAUUGAUUUCGGACUAGCGAGUCAGAGUGUCCAGCCGGAGGAUCGGGCCGUGGAUUUGUACGUGCUGGAGAGGGCGUUUGCGAGCACGCAUCCGCGGACAGAGCCAUUCUUCGAGGAGGUGCUGGUGGGAUAUGCGGAGAGCUACAAGGGGGCUGGAGCGACGCUGAAGAGGCUGGAAGAGGUGCGUUUGAGAGGUCGCAAGAGGACUAUGAUCGGAUGA